AUGACUAAACCAAACCCCACCAGAGCUGCUUCAUCCAUCUAUUUGGCCAAUACAUCCCCACCCAGCCCCACCAGAGCUGCUUCUCCAUCUAUUUGGCCAAUACAUCCCCACCCAGCCCCACCAGAGCUGCUUCUCCAUCUAUUUGGCCGAUACGUCCUCACCCAGCCCCACCAGAGCUGCUUCUCCAUCUAUUUGGCCGAUACAUCCCCACCCAGCCCCACCAGAGCUGCUUCUCCAUCUAUUUGGCCAAUACAUCCCCACCCAGCCCCACCAGAGCUGCUUCUCCAUCUAUUUGGCCGAUACAUCCCCACCCAGCCCCACCAGAGCUGCUUUCUCCAUCUAUUUGGCCAAUACAUCCCCACCCAGCCCCACCAGAGCUGCUUCUCCAUCUAUUUGGCCGAUACGUCCCACCCAGCCCCACCAGAGCUGCUUCUCCAUCUAUUUGGCCGAUACAUCCCCACCCAGCCCCACCAGAGCUGCUUCUCCAUCUAUUUGGCCAAUACAUCCCCACCCAGCCCCACCAGAGCUGCUUCUCCAUCUAUUUGGCCGAUACUUCCCCACCCAGCCCCACCAGAGCUGCUUCUCCAUCUAUUUGGCCGAUACAUCCCCACCCAGCCCCACCAGAGCUGCUUCUCCAUCUAUUUUGUCCUCACCCAGCCCCACCAGAGCUGCUUCUCCAUCUAUUUGGCCGAUACAUCCCCACCCAGCCCCACCAGAGCUGCUUCUCCAUCUAUUUGGCCGAUACUUCCCCACCCAGCCCCACCAGAGCUGCUUCUCCAUCUAUUUGGCCGAUACAUCCCCACCCAGCCCCACCAGAGCUGCUUCUCCAUCUAUUUGGCCGAUAAAUCCCCACCCAGCCCCACCAGAGCUGCUUCUCCAUCUAUUUGGCCGAUACAUCCCCACCCAGCCCCACCAGAGCUGCUUCUCCAUCUAUUUGGCCGAUACAUCCCCACCCAGCCCCACCAGAGCUGCUUCUCCAUCUAUUUGGCCGAUACAUCCCCACCCAGCCCCACCAGAGCUGCUUCUCCAUCUAUUUGGCCGAUACAUCCCCACCCAGCCCCACCAGAGCUGCUUCUCCAUCUAUUUGGCCGAUACAUCCCCACCCAGCCCCACCAGAGCUGCUUCUCCAUCUAUUUGGCCGAUAAAUCCCCACCCAGCCCCACCAGAGCUGCUUCUCCAUCUAUUUGGCCGAUACAUCCCCACCCAGCCCCACCAGAGCUGCUUCUCCAUCUAUUUGGCCGAUACAUCCCCACCCAGCCCCACCAGAGCUGCUUCUCCAUCUAUUUGGCCCAUACAUCCCCACCCAGCCCCACCAGAGCUGCUUUCUCCAUCUAUUUGGCCAAUACAUCCCCACCCAGCCCCACCAGAGCUGCUUCUCCAUCUAUUUGGCCGAUACUUCCCCACCCAGCCCCACCAGAGCUGCUUCUCCAUCUAUUUGGCCGAUACAUCCCCACCCAGCCCCACCAGAGCUGCUUCUCCAUCUAUUUGGCCGAUACGUCCUCACCCAGCCCCACCAGAGCUGCUUCAUCCAUCUAUUUGGCCGAUACAUCCCCACCCAGCCCCACCAGAGCUGCUUCUCCAUCUAUUUGGCCGAUACUUCCCCACCCAGCCCCACCAGAGCUGCUUCUCCAUCUAUUUGGCCGAUACAUCCCCACCCAGCCCCACCAGAGCUGCUUCUCCAUCUAUUUGGCCGAUAAAUCCCCAACCAGCCCCACCAGAGCUGCUUCUCCAUCUAUUUGGCCGAUACAUCCCCACCCAGCCCCACCAGAGCUGCUUCCCCAUCUCUCUGUUAAUGCUCCUCCUGCUCUUCAUGUCUGUUAA